ACAAACAAAAUGCCAAAAAAUGUCCAGCCCAUUGGAGAGGGAGACCUUGCUGGUGGCAAAGGAUUAUGUGGGUUUCUGCACUGGGAUCCGGCAAGACCCUCCAAGCGAGUCAGCCAAAGCCAUGAGACAACUGGCGAAGCAAACGGAGAGGCAACAUCGGUCAACAUUUCAAACCUUAGUGCAGAACUUCUUGGACAACUCUGAACCCGACUUCCUGACCAGUCUGAAGCAGACCAUGGCAGCGCUGGCGCAUGACGGACAGUUGAACUGGGGAAGAGUCGUAGCGCUUUUUGCAUUCGCAGGAAUGCUAGCGAGCGAGCUCUCAUCCCGGGGAGUGGACGUCAGCAACAGAAGGUUAGCGGAGACGAUCGCUCGCUACCUCAGCGAGGAGCACGGAGAAUGGCUUCUGCACAACGGUGGCUGGGUCGGCUUCCUAUCCUUUUUCCACAUGGUGAGAGGUGCGGACUUGGGGUUGUUCCUGAGGAACGCUUUCUUUGCAGUCUCCGUUGCGAGCAUUGCAGGGAUAGCCGCCCUUCUUCGCCCUGGAAGACUUCCUCUGGGGUCCUUGCUUCGGCUGUUUUUUGCCUGAAGGAUCAUGUUCUGAUCCUAGCAAAAGUCAAAUGUAUUCGUUGUCAUAAUUGUUUGUUUUUUUUUUUUUUAAUUCUUGAUUUCUGACCAGUUUUGGAAUUUUUUAUGACGUUCUAGUUCCAGCUUUAACUACUAUGGUCAAAAUCAGCUGGCAUUAGUCAAGCAGCUUUCCUGUAUUUUCCCUGCAGAUGUAUAUAUUUCUUCACUUGUUAUUCUUUUUGAUUUAAUUAAAAAAUUAGCCCAUUAAGAGACUUGUGUGCUCAU